AUGACGGCCGCCAACGCCGGCAGUGUUUCCGAGAGAAACUUCAGCGCCAAAGAGGAGAGGAAGCUACGGAAGCCGCUGAUCGAGAAGAGGCGCCGGGAGCGCAUCAACUGCAGCCUGGAGCAGCUCAAGGGCCUCAUGGUGGAGGCCUACAACCUGGACCAAUCCAAGCUGGAGAAGGCUGAUGUCCUGGAGAUCACGGUUCAGCACAUGGAGGCCUUGCAGAGGAGCCACGGGGCUGGAGCUUCGGGGAGCAGCACGGGGUUCGAGUCGCGACGGCGCUACAGCAGCGGCUACAUCCAGUGCAUGCAUGAGGUCCACAGCCUGCUGCUGAGCUGCCCGGGCCUGGACCAGGCGCUGGGGGUCCGUCUCCUGAACCACCUGCUCAAGUGUCUGCCUCGCGUCAGCGUGGAGAACGCCGCGCGCUCCUGUCCCGGCACCGCCAGCCCCCUGCCGGCCUCCCCGACCCGUUCCCCGCUCCCGCUCUCUCUGCCCCCGGCUCCCCUCCCCCCGCCCGCGCCUGCGCCCGCCUCCCCUUUGACCCCCGGCAGCCCGCAACGCUCCCCCGGGUACCGGGAGGGGGGCGACGCCCAGCCGGGCCUCCGACUUCCUGCCCUUCCCGGCUUCCUGCUGGGCGGGGAUCCCUCCAUGUGGAGGCCGUGGUGA